GGACCCUGGGUAUUUUUCCGUGCUGCUGGAUGUGAAGCACUUCUCACCAGAGGAGAUCUCUGUCAAGGUGGUUGGCGGCCAUGUGGAGGUCCACGCUCGCCAUGAGGAGCGCCCGGAUGAACAUGGAUACAUUGCGCGAGAGUUCCACCGGCGCUACCUCCUGCCGCCUGGGGUGGACCCUGCUGCUGUGACCUCGGCACUGUCUCCUGAGGGUGUCCUAUCCAUCCAGGCCACACCUGCAUCGGCCCAGGCCCCACUGCCAUCACCACCUGCUGCCAAGUAGGGGUCCGGGCAUUACAGGACCGAACCUGGGAAGCCUUUUAGGCUCCCUUUUAAAAGCCUAUCUGACUCCGCUGCCCAGCCAGAUGUCCCAAUCGCUGUCAAGACAGUUCCUCCCAACCAAAUCUAGAUGUCACCCCAUAGGACCUUUCCACCCAAAACCCUACCUGUCUCACCUGAUUCCCCACGGUGACUCAUGGGAUAGCCCUCCUGACCCAGACUGCACGGGCCUUCCAUAUCAGAACAUUCUAGCCUGGGCCACCAGACUCUAGAUCCUGUCCUUGCAACCUAACAUUCUGACUUCAAAACUCCAGAAGCCCAAGUUCCUGGAUCCUGUUCUCAUCUCCCAAUCCUUGGAAGUCUAUUCCCAACCAACCAGGACCCCCAAACUCAAAUUGUACAGAUACCCCAACUUCCCCAGAUGUGCUAGGCCAAUGAACCAGAACCCUCAAGUUCCUUUGUCCUGGCUCCCCAUCUGCAGCCAGAUAUUCUAGGCAACCACCUCCACGUCAAUAUCUUCUAAGGUCCCAGCACUCAGGAGGCAGAGGCAGGUGGAUCUCUGUGAGUUCGAGACCAGCCUGGUCUCCAGAGCGAGUGCCAGGAUAGGCUCCAAAGCUACACAGAGAAACCCUGUCUCGAAAAACCAAAAACAAAAUGCUGUAGGGUCAGUCACACCUUCUUCACUCCCUGUCAGCUCAUGCCCUUUGUGCAGUCAGUCCCCAAUAAAUGCGCAAGCGAUUCA